GGCGCCUCGCACCCGGGCUCCCGGGCCCCCAACUCGGCGCUAUGACCGCGGCCGCCGCCUCCAACUGGGGGCUGAUCAUGAACAUAGUGAACAGCAUAGUAGGGGUCAGUGUCCUGACCAUGCCCUUCUGCUUCAAACAGUGUGGCAUCGUGCUGGGGGCCCUGCUCUUGGCGUUCUGCUCUUGGAUGACGCACCAGUCCUGCAUGUUCUUGGUGAAAGCCGCCAGCCUGAGCAAACGGAGGACCUACGCGGGCCUGGCGUUUCACGCCUACGGGAAAGCCGGGAAGAUGCUGGUGGAGACCAGCAUGAUUGGGCUGAUGCUGGGGACCUGCAUCGCCUUCUAUGUCGUCAUCGGUGACCUGGGGUCCAACUUCUUUGCUCCGCUGUUCGGGUUUCAGGUGACCGGCAAGUUCCGUGUGCUGCUGCUCUUCGCGGUGUCGCUGUGCAUCGUGCUGCCGCUGAGCCUGCAGCGGAACAUGAUGGCCUCCAUCCAGUCCUUCAGCGCCAUGGCCCUCCUCUUCUACACCGCGUUCAUGUUCGUGAUCCUGCUGUCCUCGCUCAAGCACGGCCUCUUCGGCGGGCAGUGGCUGUGGCGGGUCAGCUAUGUCCGCUGGGAGGGUGUCUUCCGCUGCAUCCCCAUCUUCGGCAUGUCCUUUGCCUGCCAGUCUCAGGUCCUGCCCACCUACGACAGCCUGGACGAGCCUUCGGUGAAAACCAUGAGUUCCAUAUUCGCCUCCUCCCUCAACGUGGUCACCACCUUCUACGUCAUGGUGGGGUUCUUCGGCUACGUGAGCUUCACCGAGACCAUCGCGGGCAAUGUGCUGAUGCACUUCCCCUCCAACCUGGUGACCCAGAUGAUCCGAGCGGGCUUCAUGAUGUCGGUGGCUGUGGGCUUCCCCAUGAUGAUCCUGCCCUGCAGGCAGGCCCUGAAUACUCUGCUGUUCGAGCAGCAGCAGCAGAAAGACGGGACCUUUGCGGCCGGGGGCUACAUGCCCCCCCUGCGGUUCAAGGCGCUCACCCUCUCGGUCGUGUUUGGAACCAUGGUCGGCGGGAUCAUGAUCCCCAACGUGGAGACGAUCCUAGGCCUCACGGGCGCGACCAUGGGGAGCCUCAUCUGCUUUGUCUGCCCGGCUAUGAUCUACAAGAAGGUUCACAAGAACACGCUCUUCUCCCAGGUGGUGCUCUGGGUCGGCCUGGGCAUCCUGGUGGUCAGCACAAUCACCACCUUGUCCGUGAGCGAGGAGAACCCUGUGGACUUGGAUUUGGCAAAGGAAGCCCCCGGCAGUUGGCUUAAAGAGGCUGAAGGCGGGAAGAAGGCAGAGGUGGCCCAGCUCCCAGGCCAGGAUCCCGCCGUGGACGUGGCUGCGGAUGCCCGAGAGAAGCCGAAGCUGCCACGCGAGAAGGACGAGGUAGAGCAGGCCCAGAUUAAGGGCCCGGUGGACGUGCCCCCGCGGGAGGCCGCCAAGGAGAAGCAGGAGGAGGCGCAGCUGGAUCGGCCCGGGCAAGGUGUGGCGGUGCCCAUGGGGGAGGCCCACCGCCACGAGCCCCCCGUCCCUCACGACAAGGUGGUGGUGGACCAGGGUCAGGACCGGGAAGCACCGGCGGAGAGAGAGCACGGAUCCCAGCACGCGGGCGAAAAGGCUCCAGGGGGCAAGGGCCAGGUGGUGCCACCUCUGCCGGACUCAGGGAGGGAGAGACGCGGACAGGCCCAGGCCCUGGAGGCAGCGGGGGGUCUCCCUGAAGUUAAGGUUCCAGAAGGAAAUGGGCAGCGGGCUGUGGAGCCUGUGAAGGAGGAGCCAGAGCCGGUGGUCAGAGAUCUGCGCCCAGGGCCCCAGGCAGUGCUCCCCGAGGGGCAGGACGCCCUGGGGGCAGGUGUGGACAGAAUGGAGGGGAUCCCGAUGCCAGACCAGGCCCCGGGGGCCGUGGGCAAGCCGGUGGAGAGCGAGCCAGGUGGGAAGCCAGCCCCCGGGGCCGGGCAGCAGGCAGAGCCUCGCUGGCAGAGGGACUCAGAGGGACAAGCCGGGGGCCAGGCCGGAGACCUUGCGGAGGGACAGGCCGGGGACCAUGCCGGCAGCAAGCUGGAGGCCCCAGAGGCCGGCAGAGUGGAGAUGCUGGACCAUGCAGUCCUGCUGCAGGUGAUCAAGGAGCAGCAGGUGCAGCAGAAGCGCCUCCUGGACCAGCAGGAGAAGCUGCUGGCGGUGAUUGAGGAGCAACACAAGGAGAUCCACCAGCAGCGGCAGGACGGCGAGGAUGUGGACGCACCAGCCGAGCUGGGGGUGGCUGCACCCAGGAGUAAGGAGCAGGAGGCCCACAACGGGGGGACCGUGGCGCAUCCCCCCCUACAGCUUUUGGAACCUGAGCACAGGGCUCCUGGGCAGCCCGCAGCUCUGCCCCAAGGACACAGCCAGCACUCCCUGGAGGAGCCCAAGGGGGCUGCAGGCAGAGCCCCAGCCGAUCCUCCCGGGGGUGUGGACACAGAACCCCGGGCAGCCCAGGCCAGACCAAGGGAAGGCCAGCAGGGCCCUGAGCAUCAUGUGGCUGUUGUGCAGGAUCAAGCCCCAGAGCUGGGCCUCCCUGGGGCUCCGAGGGGCCCAGAGAAGCAUCAUGCUGAGGGCCCAGCUGGACAGAGUCUAGACAUUCUUAGCAGAGGCUCUCAGGAGAGGAACAAAUCCAAUAAGGAGGCGGCAGCCGCUGGGGACCCUCACGUGAAGCCCCAGCAAGUGAGCCAAGACCGGAGACCUGCAGGCCUGCCUAGCAGGUUGGGAGGAGCAGCCCCUCUGGCCCAGGCUGUGUUACAUCAGCCGGAACUCCCAGCCGUCUCUGCCAGGGGUCAGGGAGGUUACCCAGAGGCAAGAAAGGACGCCCCUGGUGGGGACCACGUGGGCGGGGAGCAUGCGCCUGCUCCCAUGGAGAACGCCGCCAUCCAAGAGCCCGAGCAGAGGCCAGACCCUGAGCUCGGGCCCAAACAGGCCAUGCCUGGGGCGCAGAAGCCGGACAACUCCAAACUGAACCGGGACCUGAAAGUUCAGGUGGGCGCUGACCUGAGGAGGAGACGUCGGCACGUGGCUCCUCACGCAGACGGGGAGCCGGCCCCCAACGAGGGCGUCAUCAUCAGCUUCGAUCCCCUGUCCGACGUGCAGGUCAAUGACCUCCGCAGUGCCCUGGACACCCAGCUCCGCCAGGCGGCAGGGGGUGCCUUGCGUGUGGUCCACAGCCGCCAGAUCAAGCAGUUGCCCGGGGCCCUAGAGGAGGCCUGAGCGCUCGCACGUGGCUGCCAUCCUCCCGGUCAGUUGGUCUCACGCAGCCGUGGCUGGGCCGCGGUGACCCUGGCGCUCAGUGGGUGCCGAGUCAUGCUUAAGUGGCAGUCUGGAAGCUGUCUCACUGCAUCCUUUCCCAGAGUGGGCUCUGCCAUCAUGGACGCAGCUCUUGUCCAGGUGACCAAGCUCACUGCGGCCACCACUGGACUCCUCGUGACCACCCCUCCGUGUUCUGAAACAGUGGGUCCAUGCAGCUGUGGGGGCCGAGUGAGGGUGGUGCCAUCUAGUGCUGACCUGUCCCAGCUCACGGCUGUGGGACCAGCCCUGGCCGCAGACCUCGUUACUCCACAUUCCACUUGUCUCCGUUCCGGGUGUUGUAGAAAAUCUUAAUAAACACCUUUCUUGACCCACAAA